UCGCUGCCCGAUGCCUAGAGAAGAGGAAGUUAAGAAGAAGGGUAAAUAUGGCGACGGUGUAAGAAUUGUACGUCUCCCCAUUUCGUGUAUUUAUGGUGCAUCGGAAAGAACUCAUCGCUAUGGGUGCUUGAAAGUUAUGGAUAUCUGAACUAUUUGUGUUCUGCUGCACCUGAUGUCAGGGUGAGACAUAACGAAAUGGGGUCAGGCAAUGUGUGCUGUCCAGUAUGCAGGCAGUUCUUACCCAAGGCUAAGUCUCUUCAUGAGCACCUCAACACUCACCCUAAACUACAAGUUAUUGAGGCAUUAAUACAGUUAAAAGAUGCUUGCAAAGAUUUUGAACCCUCUAGCUCUGUACAACAAAAAGAUUACUCGCCCCUGGAAAGUCCAGAAGGGGAUGAUGAGCGGGUCGAAAAUGCUGUUGAUAUAACUACUCAUUCAUGCACUCCUCCUGCUCCUCCACAUGAUUCUGAUGAGGAAGGUAUUCAUGAGACUCGGAAUAAUACAGAAGGUGCUAUAGAUCUACAUGUUGACUCAGAAAAUGAGGAAAAAUUGCCCCCUACGUCUGUAAAGUAUGCGCUGCAACAAUGCGCACCAUCCUCUUCAACAAGCAACCUUUCCCCGUAUCCUCAGUUUUUGACUGGUUCAUCCCCAGUGGCACAAUUCAUUCAUGUUCCAGUAGUUACAAGUGCCGUCCCUAAUUCUGCCCCCCCUCCCUCAACUCAGCAGGCACCAGUGGUACUAUACAGUCCAUUUGUGUGUCCACCCAGCACUUCUGUUGCUUCAUCAUCAUAUUCCAGCCCUUUGAAUCUUGCUCAGCACUUGCAAUUUCUUGUGGGCAACAGUGUGGUGAGGUCACCCUUUAGUAUUAUUCAAGCCCAUCCCUCUACUGAACCUUCCCAAACUGGGCAUGUAGCAUUAAAAUCUGAAGUUUCAUCAAGAAAUAAUUCGCUCACCGUAUCGAGCAACAUCAAUCCAAAGCCAGCAAGCACUGCUGCAGAGAGCCUUUCAGAAGAUUGGGUUGCUCCAGGUGACAGUUCAACAUCAUUAGUGUGCUCUGAAUCGCCAGUAACUGAUUCAGAGGAAAACAGCCUUCAUGAAAACCUUAGGGAAGACGAGGAAAAAGUGUCAGAUCAAUUAGAAAGUGCACCAGAAACAGCCUCAUAUGUUUCAGAAGUUUUAAAAGCUCAGGUAUCAACUGUAAAACACUGCAAUGAGCCCCAUGUUCUGAUGUCAGACCUUCCAGAGUCAGAGACACUUUCAACAGGACCUGAAUUUACUUCAUCUCUCGAACAUCGGACACCUCAAGAACAAGAUUUGCUCACUCCACCAAAGAAGCGGAUAUGUUUUUCUUUAGGCUCACCCAGUAGGCAUUCACCUACUGAUCAAUUUCAAGAAGUUUCCCCUAGUAGAAUUGCCCAGGGGUCACCUCGAGCAUUGUCUAACUGGAAUAAUCUAGGAUCUCCAGGGGCCCAUUCAACCAGCAGUGUUGAAGGUGUCCUGAGAGUUCGGUCAGAUCUCAAUGUUUCUCUUGGCCAUUCAGUUUCCAUUCCUUGUGAGGAAAAAGAUGAAAAUUGGGCACAAACAAAUCUUAAGAAGGAAGCACACCAAAGUAAUGCUGCUGUUAAAGACUUGUCUGCUGCAUGUGACAUUGAUCACAUGCCAAAUGACCUCAGAUCUAAUGCUGAGAAAAACAUAACAUUUGGAAAUGUAAUCCUGACAUGUUUAAAGAAAUCAUCUGGAAAUAAUACCAACAAUAUUCAGGGUAAAAAUGAAUUUGAAUUCAUUAUACCAGAUGUAGUUACAGAGUCAUACAGUGACUUCCAGGAUGAUAGAUCACUAAGUAGGGCAGGGAGCCCCCCAUGCGAUUCGGCACCCCCAUCACCAUAUCAAAAAUCACUUGAUUCACCUUCCACCCCUCUGAAUAUUCAAACCGAUGAGACAAUGCCCCCAAGAGGGGAACUCUCUGAACAAGAGAGUAUUGGGGGAAACAGUAGUUCCAUGUGGUCUGUACCGGCAUAUCACAUUACUCGACAACUCCCAUCUCCAGUUGUUUCAUAUGACUUGACAGCAAGAGAAAGCUGGGCAGGUUCUGAUGUUUCUGAUAGCGAGGGCAAUGCGAAUGUUGGUGAUAACCAUCCGGCCAGCUUCAAUGCUGCACCCUCCUUUACUAACACACUGCAACCUUUCAUCCCCAAAACCUCUUCAAGCAGCAACUUCGUUGGUGAAUCCCCAUUUUCAUCUCACAUUCAGCCACAAAUUUAUGGUGAGGGCCACAGUACAGGGAAGAAGCCUAUCACUGUGGAGUUUGGUGUGUCUAGUAAAGGUUCUAACAGCAAACAAUCACAAAGUAAAGACACUAAAGAGAAAAAAGCCCCUUCCAAACCACGUGUCUACAGAUGCAAGGAAUGCUCUUCAGUGUUCAAUACUCUUAAAUUACGUCGUUUGCAUCCUUGUGAACAGAUGAAGAGCACACCUCUUCCUGCUGUGCAUAUGACAUCAGAAAUUAAAGGGCUGACUGAAGAGACUAAUGCUCCAAGCUCCUCCUCCAAGGAGGGAGACAAUUGUGUAUCCAAACCUAAGAAAAGAAAUCCUCGGAAACCAAAGUCAACUAUCAAAAAAGAAGUUAUUGUUGAAGAUGAAACAUCAGAUCAAACUGGUUUUGCUAAUCAGUAUCGAAUAAGUAAAACUGAACCUGUUGAUGCUUCUGAAUCUCAAACAAAUCCUCAGGUUGUACCUGAAAUUUCCUCCGAGCCUUGCCAGAGUACAGCAUUUGAGUCAACUGAAGUUGCUUAUGUGGAAGUGCCCUUAGUUAAGAGCGAGGCCGUGUCAGCCGCGUUAGGGUCAUUUGGCUGUCAGAAAUGUGACCAGGAUUUCAAAACUGCUAAACAAUUAUCCCAACAUAUGUCUAGCAAACACAAAGAUCAGAAGUAUCAGUGCACAACUUGUGGUGAAACAUUUGACAAGGAGCGUAAUUAUUAUGAUCACCUAAUGGUUCACCCAGCUGAAUGCCAGCUCUGCGGUAAAACUUUUGUGAGACGUAAAUAUUUGGCUCUUCACAUGAGGUGGCACAUGGAUGAAAAACCCCACAAGUGUGUUUCAUGUAAUAAAUCAUUUGUUACAAAACAGAAACUAGAUGAACAUAUGAAUACACAUACUGGAAAUGCCCCUAUCAAAUGUGUUGACUGUGAUAUGACUUUCAAACGAUAUUCAAAUAUGAUUCAACAUCGAAACCGGCAUCAUUUAAAUCUGAAACCUAAAACUAAAGAUUAUAUUUGUCACUGUGGGGAGGUUCUUCAUUCAAAGAAAAAAUUGGAAUGGCACAAAGAGAUUCACGAAAUGAAGCCGAAAUCUUGUCACUAUUGUGCUGAGAAAUUUGUCCAUACGGCAAGUUUGACUCGCCAUGUCCGAAGAGCACAUGAUAGUCGUUAUGUUCCUAGCAAAAAAAGAGAAGGAGAAAACAUUGAAUGCCCUAUCUGUCACCUGGUGUUUUUGAAAACUUCCCUUGCAGGCCACAUCAAGAUUCAUGGUGGUGAACGUCCGUUUCCUUGUCACAUUUGUGGAAAGGAUUUCACCACUAAAUGGAACCUACAGACUCAUCGAUGGACCCAUGCUAGCCGUUCUGCAAGGCAGCAUAAGUGCACACUUUGCAAAGCCUCAUUUUGCAGAAGACCUGACUAUCUCACUCAUAUGAAUUCUCAUCGCAAUGUAAGACCUUUCACUUGCAACCACUGUGGUUGUCAGUUUGUACGUAAGUAUAACUGCUUGCGUCAUAUGAGGCAACACGAAGAAGGCAAAAAUUACACCUGUACCAUAUGUAACAAAACGUUUCAUCGUAAUUAUUACCUUAAGGACCAUAUGCGCAUACACAAUGGAACUCGUCCAUUUACUUGUCAUAUUUGUGGCAAAGCUAGUACUUCUAAAUCAAAUCACAAUAAACAUGUCCGAAUACACCAUGCCCGAGAACCUCACAAUACAGAAAUCUAAGUGAUUUGUGAUUAAGUUUGAGCUGUUGAGAUUGGUAUUUGUAGCCUUCGGCAACAUUUUAUGUUUGAUGCUCUCCAGAUUGUGGUCUGCAUAUUUGGUGAAAAACUGCUAAGGUACCAUUUCUUCCAGGUUUUUGAAUGUUUCUAAACAAGCCUAGACCUUUUAUUCACUCUAUCUCAACUUGGAAACUCUCAAAGAAGUACUAGCUACCCCUAUUUCUUCUGAACCAGAAUCUUGUACUAAAUAUAGUACAACUUUAUACUUCUUAUUUUAAAGUGUACUGUAUAUAGUACAAGAUGUCAUUCAAUAAUUUUAAUCACUCAGUCUAUGCCGUAUAGAACUGUGUUAGAUAAUUGUACUAAUUUAGUGUAUUAAAUAUACUAGUGGGCCUAUGUAAUAAUGCCAUGGAAUAUUCCAUGUAGCACAGCUACUACAGUAACUGUGUACUUCUUCAAGCUCAGAAAAGUUGUAACUUCAGCAAAUGUAACAGAUUUUGUGCAUUUACAGCAAAGCAACUUGCAAAAGUUUCCCCUUGAAUACAAAAUUUGAGCCAAACUGUUAUGCACUGUGUUUCUUAAAAAAAAAAAAAAAUAUCCAUAAAACGUAAGUAAAAAAACAAGCAAGGUUUGGACUUCAUCAAAGUAAAAUAUGUGGUUGCCAUGUUGCCACAGUGUAUACUUUUUCGAGCCUUCACAACAUGGAAACAAUUGUUACCUAUGCUUCCCUCUUUUUUUCUUCAUUAAUUUCCCGUCCCUAUUAAAUUGAAGGUUAUUAUAUUGAUGCAGAAUGUGUCACUCUGUAUGCUGUGAUUUAAGUUUUUAUUAUUUGUAUUGGAACAUAAUAUGAAUUGUUUUACUAUAUUGUAAUGUGAUUGUUGAAUUCUACCACAUAUUAUUGUUCAAAUUAGUGUGUUCAUUCAGUUUUUAUUCAUGGUAUGUGUAUGCUGUUGUGUGUGUUUGUUUCCUUUUUAAAUUUUUGCUUGACAUGGAAAGUUAUUCAUUUGAAUCUAGAUUAUCAAGUGUAAACAUUUCUGUAAUUAUGAGUAUCCUACUUAUGGGCUUCAUUAACUACUGUAACAGUAAUUAAACACUAUGAAUGCCUUUAUUUUCUAAAUGAAUGAGCCAGUAUCUCUGCUGUGCAUUUUGGUUUUAUUUUAUUCCAUAGAACUGUGUUACACUCAUUACACAUAGUAGUAGUAUUGUAGGUUUUGGUCUCUAGCAACAUUUUAACUCUAAAGAAAGUCUUUUAAAUCUUGCUGGGUCUGCAUUACUAUUUCAACAAACAAUUGUUGGUGUUGUGAUUGUGUGUGUGCUGUGUGUGUAGAGCAUUAUACCUAACUCUGAUUUCCCUAAAUUACUGUGUUCUUUUAUGUUAUUGGUUGAAAAGUUUAAUUUAUUAUAUUUGUUAUAUUUACUGAUGUUAGUUUAAUAAUUCCAUAGGUAUCAGUGUCUAUUCUUACUCUUGUCAAGAGUCAGUACAAAAUUGUUUUCUUUUUCUUUUUUUCUUUUUUUAAAUUGUAUGACCCAUGGAUUGUUUCCUUUCUUCUGUGUGUGUACAAAGUGUGGUUUAAAAUUCAUUGAAAGACUGCUAGUUUUUAAAUGAAUUUGUUGGCUUUUUGUUUUGAGUGUGGGCAAGAAAAAGCACCAUACAUCCUAACAGAGCACGGCUCUUCUCUUGCCAUAUAUGUGAAUGGCUUUUGAAAGAUUGUGACUCCAAACAAAUUUAAUUAAUUUUCUGAGGCAAAGGUGCUUGCUGUAUUCAUUUUUACAGUAUCAUUGAGAUCUCUUAAGUGUAAAUCUGACUCCAAAGCCAAAUGAUUUUGUUUUGUUUCACACUUAAUGCCUUGCCUUGAUAGGCAUAGUAAGAACCUCAAGAACAUCUCUCUUGUUUUACAUCUGUCUGAUGAUUGUGUCAUGACAUGACCUGUCCCAUCAAUUUUUAAAACAUUUGGACUAUGUUCCUUAGAAUGUGAACUUAAAAUUAAUUUUAAGUAGUUAAUUCAUUUUACUAUUAUUAAGAAUUCUUUUAAAAUAAUUGUAUUGUAUCUCCUUGUCAAAAAAAUAAAUGUUCUAAAUACAGAUAAA